AUGGAAGAAGAUGGAGAACUCAAGUCACUUCGAGUGCGCCAAAACGUGGCCGACAUGCUGCGGUAUCUGCGAAGACCAUCAAUCUACCGUUUGCUCUGGAUAGAUUCAAUUACCAUCAAUCAGGCCGAUUUGGAAGAGAAAGAGAGCCAAGUCAAACAGAUGGGAGCCAUAUAUGCGGACGCUAGGCGUGUUGUGAUCUGGCUGGGGCCACAGCGAGAUAGCGAGCACUUGAUUCACACCGACACCGGGGCUGGUCGUAGUAGUUUCCAAAGGUACAGACUGGAGCCUUCUCUGGGUCUCCUCAAACUCCCUUGGUUCCAUCGUCGAUGGGUUAUUCAGGAGACUGGACUCGCGCCAGAAGCGAUAUUGACGCGUGGCACAAAGUCGAUCGAGUUCCAAGAAUUCGUGCGUCGCAUUGAACGCCUACAGCGGCCAUCCGACGCUGCUUCAACUGCAUUCACACCCGAUGACAGAGUAGUAGUCGAUCGCCUCCGUGCUAUGGCAAAUCUACAAGCUUCAAGCCGAGGACAGUUUCUUCCCAGGGGGCUGAUGGAUCUCCUGCUCAGCUUUCCUGACGCAAAGUGCUCAGAUGAUCGCGAUAUACUUUACGCGUUCAGCAGUCUCAGUAUAGCCCCGCUCCCCAUCAGCUACCAUAUGACUGCCGAGGAACUCUACAUGAAUUUCGCCCACUUGGAAGCUAUACAGAAUCCGUCGAUUCUAUUGAGUGUUGCCGGUGCUCAUCCCACAUCGUCGAAGUUCCUACCCUCAUGGACGCCUGACUGGCGUGCGCAGCCUAUCUACGAACCAAACACCAAUCGGAGUUUCGACAGUGCUUACAAACCCAAGAUCAAAUGCAACCAAUUAAUCAUGCGCGACGGAAAAACUUUGAGCGUCAUGGCAAAGCAAAUGGACAAGGUCGCAAGAGUAAGCACGUCUCACACAUUUGAGGCUUGGGCACGACUCUGCACUACUUACAAUAGUGAACCCUCGAUUGCCGAGAACAUUCCAGAGCUCGAUUUACUGAAGGCGCUGACACGUUCACGUGGCGGUCUCCCGAAACUGUCGUCCGAUCAGCAUGCUACACUUGUUCUGUAUCUGGGUUCAAGUUCAAGUAAUGACGAGCCACCGCCAAAAUUUGUCGAGCGAUUCAUUACUGAGUCUGAAAAAGCCAUGAUUGGCAGAACGUGCUUCAUCACUGCAGACGGCGCUAUUGGUACGGGGCCAGAGCGGAUAAAAGCAGGCGAUGUUCUGCUUCGGAUUCCUGACAGUCCUAGCUUCACUGCUCUGCGUCCACGAUACCAGAGCGGUUCAAUACAGCUUCAGCGCGAAGUAGAGCUCGAUCCUGGGUCUGAUCAUGCGCCACCUUCUAUCGAUCUUCCUCCUGGCUUCUGUCAUGAGUAUACCGUGGUGGGCGACUGUCACGUUCCUCGGCUCGUUCGCACUGGUCCUGACCGAUCUGCACUUGGUCUAGAGGACCUCACUCUCUUCAAUAUCAUUUGA